CGGCCGCAGGAGCCGGCGAUGGGGCGGCGCGCAACGCGCUGAGGGGCCGCGGGCGCCGGGACCGCAGAUUAAAGCAGCUCUGCAACCGGUUAAAAGCAGCUGGGAGGACUUCAGACCACUCAUCCCAUCCCUCCGUGCGUGGACUCGGUGGCAGUGCCUCGAGGUGGCGAAGGAAGCAAUUCUUUGUACCGACUCCCACGAGAAGUUUGAGUUCAGGCAGUCGUAGGGCCCCAGGAUUUGGGAAAUCCAGUUUUUGUGGUGAAAAGGAAAGCGCUGGUGUUUGAAAACGCCCUGCAGCAAGUGAAAACCUCUCAGUUCACUAACGACAUCUGUAAGAUCGUAUGAUUAGGAAACGCAGUGCCUACGAUCCCAGGUCCCCGGGGCAGAAGGACCCGGAGCUGCGAUGACGACGGGCGACUGCUGCCACCUCCCCGGCUCCCUCUGCGACUGCCCGGGCAGCGCCGCCCUCUCCAAGUCGGUGGAGGACUCCGACAUUGGGCGCCCGCAGUACGUCACGCAGGUCACCGCCAAGGACGGCCGCCUCCUCUCCACCGUCAUCAAGGCGCUGGGCGCACAGAGUGACGGUCCCAUCUGUCGAAUCUGUCACGAAGGUGGAAAUGGGGAGGGACUGCUUUCCCCGUGUGACUGCACAGGAACACUGGGCACCGUGCACAAGAGCUGCCUGGAAAAAUGGUUAUCCUCCUCCAACACAAGUUACUGUGAGCUCUGCCACACAGAAUUUGUUGUAGAGAGAAGACCGAGACCUUUGACAGAGGCAGGUCUCAUGGUGGAGCCUCAAGAGAAUUCCCCAUCCAUGUCUUCAGAGCUGGUGUUUUCCUGCAAUUGGCUGAAGGAUCCUGGUCCCCGCAAUGAGAAGAGGACCCUUUUCUGUGACAUGGUGUGUUUCCUGUUCAUUACUCCUCUGGCAGCAAUCUCCGGCUGGCUGUGUCUUCGUGGAGCCCAGGAUCAUUUGCAGUUCAACAGCCGACUGGAGGCCAUUGGACUCAUAGCACUAACUAUAGCACUUUUUACAAUCUACGUCCUUUGGACGCUGGUCUCGUUCCGCUACCACUGCCAGCUGUACUCGGAGUGGCGAAGGACCAACCAGAAAGUCCGCCUGAUGAUCCCGGCCUCGCGGAGCCCUCACCCCGUGCCCCACUCCCUGCUCUCCGCCAAGCUCCUGAAGAAGACCGCGGACGAAACCACCGUCUGAGCCGUGGCUGCGCCCGCGGCCAGGGUGAGGGCGGCCCCCCCGGGGCCAGCAGAAGCAGAAGGGGCCGGGUCUCCCCCACGCGUGCAGGGAGCGCAGCAGCCAUGGAAGCACUGGGGAGCAGUCGUCCCACCCGAAGGGACUUGGCGGUCGGCAUGUACUUCGUACGAUGGCAAACACAGAGGAUAAAGGUCUGUCGUGUGAAACGGCCCAAAAGAGCCAGAUGGCGGAACACGCCUGUCUGCAGGGACACUUUGCUAUAACUAAAUACCGUACGUGGAAAAUCUCUCACAUAUAUAUAUAUAUCUAUAUAUAAUAUUAUUUUUUAAUGGCCAUGAAUAUUGUGUUUCAGUCCUUUUGUGUUGAUGUUCUAAGCUUCAGUAUAGAAGCUGGCAGCCUGAUCUCAUUCAGAGGUUAAAUCUAUGCCUUUUCUCUAAAUGAGCGUAUAAAGAACACUUUUCAUUGACCGUUCUCGAAAGUCCCUUCUCCUUUGCACUAAAUUGGUUUUGAUAAUAUUGCAGCAGCCUUUCCCGUUACUCUUUGGUCUCUUUCGUGGUGUUUCUGUGCUUUCUAGAAAGUUAUGUGUUUUUAAUAAUUAUUAUAAUCCCAGAAGGAGUAAAAUGACAUAAUACUGAAUGGAGACAUUUUGUAUUGUAAAGUACUGUAAUUUUGAGGAUUUCAAAAUAAGUUUCAAAAGCGGAAAAUCUGUUCCUGUGCAGACGUGAUCUCACAAAAUGCUUUCCCUGCAGAUCCUGGCUCAUCCCCAGGACUCAGAUGCGCUCAGCUCUUGGCUUGUCUGACAAAGGUAGAUAGAUGGAGGAUCUGAGGGUGGGAAAUGACGGCUCAUCCUAGCUAAACCCACCGUUGCCUUUUGCUUUUAAAGGGUUCAGAAAGGCUCUUUCCCAACCCCAAAAGCUGAGAAUAGGAGUCUCUGUUUUUGCUGACGUCCUUACACAAUCUUGAGGCUGGACCUCUUGUAGUGUCAGUUAUCCACAUACCUUCCAGGGACAGGCCAUGCUCUGCAGCUCUCGGCAGGACAUCUCGGCUGUCUCUGUGCGCUUUAUUUGCACAUUCCUUGGCAGCAGAGGAGCUGCUGUCAUUUGGUUCAUCCCUGAACUCGCUGCCUGCCCAUUAUGUGUCCUCUGGCGAAACACCCCAAGUUCACUGGUUCCCAGAGGCGUGCAGGCUCCGGGUCCCUUUCCUUGCAGGGCUGGCUUUCCCCCUCCUCCUUCAUCCUCCUGCAUUUCCAGCAUGCCCAGCUCCCAAACCCCUCUGCCCCAGAGUGGCCAAUCUGCUGCAGGUCUCUAGCACAUAGCAGAGUCUCUCCCUCUUCCUGAGCUUGGUGUUAGUCCGUGCCUCUCCAGCUCCUCGCUGCUGUGCCAGGCAAUGUCUGUGUUUGGUGCUGUGCUCUCCCGAGCCCUGCUUGCAGAACAGACCGUAAGGAUGCCAGCAUUGGCACUGCUCUGCUGAGUGCAGCUGCUCAAGCAUGAGACAGCUCCUGGUCCCGCAGCAGUGAGGGUAGAAAGCAGGGAGGAGGCAGGCUCCAAGGGUGUCUUUGCAGUGGGUGGUCACAGAGCGUGUCCCUCAGUUCCUUUCCUGAUCCCAAGUGGAUCAGUUGAUGCCCUGCAAGACUGAGGCCUGUAAUUUCUUGAAUUGGCAGCACCACGUGCUGUUCCUGCUUCCUUCUAGCUGCAAAGCUGGAUAUUUUUCCUUGUGUGCCCCUGUUCCUUGGUUGUUUUUUUUUUGUUUUGUUUUGUUUGGUUUGGUUUGUUUUUUUUUCUGCCUGACCCUAGGCUGGAAGUCCCUGGUGGACACGAGCAGCAGUGGCCAGUAUCCUCUCUCUCUGAAUAGGAUUGCUCCAACCCCAGGGCUGGCUCUGUGUCUGCUUUCCUCCUUUUAUCUCCUGGCCCAUGGUUAUUCAUGUGGCUCAGUGGUACCCCAGCACAUCCUGCAGCAAAACCUGUGCAGCUGUGGGCAGGUCUCUGCUCUGAGCACGAGGGUCUCAUUGGAUCAUGGGCUGAAUGCUGUGGCACAGCCGGGCUGUGUGUCUCUGUUCCCCUCUCUCUGCUAGGCCCUGUCUGGCCUGUUCCCUUCUGCUGCUUACCCCGGGCACCUUCCCUGCCUUUCAGCUGUCACGAAGUGGGGGCUUGGCCCCUAGUGCUCCUGGAGGCUUGCAGUGAGGAGGCCUCUUCAGUCCAGCCUCAGCAUCCUACAAGUGCUCACUUCAAAUCAACUGUUCCUGCUGCCCCCAGCUCCUGCCUGCUGCUCCCCCUGCGUGGAGGUUUGUCUGUGCACCGAGGCCAUGCAGUGGGCCCUCUGCCCCCAGCUCUGCUGGCUGCACUGCGGGAAGGGAGCUGCAGAUCCAACGCGGGUGCUGCCUCCUUUCCCUUGGCAGUGGGCACCGCAGCACCACCCUGCCUUGUCCUAGGUACCCCUGCACUCAGCCUGUCCUAACAAAACCCGUGUCACCGAGACAUUCCCGCUGCAACAAAAAUCUGGGGAUCUGGUUUAACCUUCCCAGCCCUGGCUGCCUCCCAGGAGCUUUGUCUUCCAACGCAUCUAGUUCUGGCAGGUAUGUAAGGAUGUGCACUCCCACACCACGUUCCCAUAGUAAGGACUUAAAGGAGCCAGUUGUUCCGGCUAGGAAACCCACUGUUGAUCCAAAUAUGCAACUGUGAAAGCCAGAAGUCCCUGGCUGGGGCAGAUGGGACCUGGCCCUGUGCUGCUGCACGGCCAUGGCUUCACUCUGCUUCAUUGUCUUUAUUGUAGUUGCCAAUAAUUGGAGUUGUUGCAUGUGCCCCUGCAAAACCCAAUAGUGACUCUUUGAGUUCUUCUUCUCCUUCCCAGAGGAGAUGUUCAGCUUGUGAAUGUGGGAAAUCAGUGUCUCUGACCCGCCACAUUCCAGUGUCAUGGGGAAACGGGCUGUGCAAUUAUGUAAAUAAAAGUGAGACAAACUUUG